AUGAAUUAAGUGGUAUUGAGAUUUUGGAAUUUAUAGUGGAAACUGAUAUAUUACUGCUUAAUAAAGGAAUUAAGAGAAAAUUAAAUUCUUAUGUAGACGAAAAUUUGGAAAAAAUAAUACGAA